UGACAGAUUAACAGUGGACUAUCUUUGUCAUGAGUGCUCAAGCUAACAUGGAUACCAUCUUAGUCUUCAGCCUAAUCAUUGUAUCCUAUGAUUCCAACAAGAAAGACCUCAGAGAAAGCAGCUGCCAAGUGGAACAGUUCCCUGGGCUCUUCCCAAAGGAUGUGAAAAGCAUGAGGGAAUUUCUAAUGCAAGAAACUCACACAGAAGCCAAAAGGGCCACAUUCAUCCAAAAUCGGACUAUGGCUACACUGCAGUGCCUUGGCUCUGGGAGCAAAGUGAAAGUCAACCUUCUAUACUUGGAGGGGAGGCCAGAAGUCAAACCUGUUCUGAAGAACCUAAGAGUCAUUGCUGCUCCCCAUAGAAACAGCUCUGCUUCCCCAAGCUGUCACCUAAUCCCCACAUCCAAGUUCCAGACUGGAUCCAUUCUAACAGGCAAAGCUUUUUUGCCAGGGAUCUCCCAAUGUAAGUUCUACCCCAUGAUGAGGACGUCAUUAGAGACUUUUCCCAUCACUACCACCUCCACAACUUCUGGGAAUAAAGAAGAAGAGAAAACUACAAGUACUAUCACAGAUGAGGACCUAGCAAAAAGGCAGAAAUGGAGUAUUGUGGUCAAAUUUCUGAUUGCUGUCACCCUGUUGGUCACUGGAGUUGCCAUUAUGAUAUUUGUCAUUUUUGAAGUCCCAUGCCCUAGUCGAUGCCUAGGAGCCAGAAGACUGUGCCAAUGCCAGCAGUUGUGGAGAAGGCAAAAGAAGAGAGACCAGCACCCUGGGGCAGCUGAAUCCCAGGCAGAUUCUCAGCCUGAGAAGGGAGGUGUUGGACAAGACAUUCCUAACUCAUCAAAUGCGAAAAAAACUACAGGAAUUACUAUUAUGCACCAGACAUACUUUUGA